UACAUUACUCUUAUUUGUGUACGCUUUGUGAUUCCCUAGGCAUAUGAAUAUUAAUAAUCUAGCUUUGCUCUGCAGUCAUUGCCUGACUAGUGCAUAUUCAUGAUGUGCAGAAUGUAUGAACAGGGGGACGAUGAAAGGCACCAUGGUGACCCAUUUAAAAAAAAAAAAAAAAAAAAAACUACCUGUGCAGACACCAUGUUGUAGCUGCAUAGCGAAGAUAAUACUGCUGCGAAAUGUGUCGGUACACGAGUAAGAUGAGUAUUGCCGCAGUUUCAUACUAGAUAGUCAGUUCCACUCAAAUGUAGGUCACUGGAUUCAUCAGUCAGAUUGCAUCAGGAGAGAUUAUCUGUCUAUCUAUCUAGUCAGAUGUUAUUUAUUGAUUGACAGUCAUUCUAAAAUAGACUUUCAUACUUGCAUGGAUUUUGAUGUUGUGGAUUAAAAACAUUAAAGGUUAGACAGGAAGGGCUUAUAAAGCAUAUAUAUUACAGACAAGAUACAGUUUGAGCUUUGGUCCACACAUGAAGUUAUUUCACAGUUACUGUUGGUGGUGCUGUUGCCUAAGCAAACUAUGUGUCCGCUUUGUCACAAGUCAACGCCCGUCUAAGAAAUAAUAAGGCGAUGGUUGUGUGCAUAUUCUCAGGCUCUAGCGUGGAUGAUUGCAUUAUGUCGAUUUGACUGAAGACAAUACAGUCAAUAUUGUGAGCGAGAUACGAGGUCUCUCCCUAUACGGAUAACUGUGUAUAUGUCGAUCUGAUGGGAAGAAAUGGAUACUCUAAAGAGAACGGGCACCUCAUUGGAUUGGAGAUUCUCCAUUUUGCUUUUCUGUGUCGUUGCUGCGGUUAGCGGACAAAUUCGUUAUUCUAUCCCAGAAGAGAUGAGAAAAGGGCUGCUUGUCGGAGACAUUGCAAAAGACCUGGGCUUGGAUAUCAGAAGGUUGGUUUCUGGUCGGGCUCGACUUGUUGUAGAUAGUGAUAACCAAUAUGUCGCGCUGAACCAGAACAAAGGACAUAUUGUUGUCAAUGAAAGAAUUGACAGAGAAAAAUUAUGCGCCAAGAAAUCACCCUGUAGCUUUAGUCUAGAAAUUGUCCUCGAAGAUCCACUCGAAUUGUUUUCCAUUACCAUCGAAAUUCAGGAUGUAAACGACCAUGCUCCUGCUUUCCCCAAAAAAGAAAUUAAUUUGGAAAUAAGCGAAUCGACGCCCAUAGGGACUGUAUUCUUGCUUGAUAACGCAGCUGAUCCUGACGUAGGAAUAAAUGCACUGCAAAGUUAUUCUUUAAAGACAAAUGAUCAUUUUGUUCUCAAACAACACACUCGGACAGAUGGGAGUAAAUAUGCUGAAAUGAUGCUUCAGAGUGGUUUGGACCGCGAGAAACAAAGCGAACAUACGCUCAUAUUAACGGCUGUUGAUGGUGGGGAACCGCAGAGGUCUGGAACAGUAAAGAUACACGUAUCUGUUCUGGACGCAAACGAUAAUGCACCCGUGUUUACGCAGUCUUCAUACAAAGCAUCUGUCUUGGAAAACGUUUUGCGCGACACUGUUAUUAUUCGAGUCAGUGCUGUGGAUGCGGACCAAGGUUACAAUGGUAACGUCACAUACGCUUUUACCCACUUAGAAGAAAAAUCCUCUUUUCCUUUCGAAAUAAAUUCGUACACGGGUGAGGUUAAACUCAUCGGUGAAAUCGAUUACGAGGUUUUUUCAAAUUACGAAAUAAACCUUCAAGCAAAAGAUCCAUGGGGGGUAGUGGGCGUCAGCAAAUUGAUAAUUGAAAUUGGAGAUGUGAAUGACAACAGUCCAAUAAUCACAAUGGCUUCAUUUUCAGGUAAAAUUUCAGAGGAUUAUUCUCCUGGUACAGUUGUGGCCUUGAUUAGUGUCCAAGAUAAAGAUUCUGGAAAAAAUGGCCAAGUUCAGUUAAAUAUAGAUGAAAACCUUCCGUUCAAAAUCAAAUCGUCUCUCAGAAACUAUUAUACAUUAGUCACUGAGCAAAAGCUCGACCGAGAAAAGAGUUCCAGGUACAACAUCACUCUCACUGCCACAGAUGAGGGCUUGCCUGCCUUAUCAAGCAAGAAAACUAUUGUUUUAGAGGUUACUGAUAUUAAUGACAACGCACCAGCUUUCAGCCAAAGUGUUUAUGGAACUCAGGUAAUGGAGAACAAUUCCCCUGGUGUCACUCUGUUGCAGAUCCACGCCACGGAUCCAGACCAGGGCCAGAAUGCACGAAUAUCAUAUUUUCUAAUUGAUGGCGAGGUUAGUGGAAAUUCGGUCUCCACAUAUUUCUCUAUUAAUACAGAGAGUGGGGUCAUUCAGUCUUUGCGUUCGCUUGACUAUGAGCAAGUCAAAGAGUACAAACUACGAGUUAAAGCGCAAGAUGCAGGGUCGCCACCGCUGAGUAGUAAUACGACAGUUAUUGUGCGUGUUCAGGACCAGAACGACAACCCUCCUCAGGUUCUGUAUCCAGUCCAGACUGGUGGCUCUCUGGUGGAUGAAAUGGUGCCUCGUUCAGCAGAUGUGGGCUAUCUGGUCACUAAAGUGGUGGCUGUUGAUGUGGACUCUGGACAGAAUGCCUGGCUCUCCUAUAAACUGCAGAAAGCCACAGACAGGGCGCUGUUUGAAGUGGGCUUACAGAAUGGAGAAAUAAGAACUAUCCGCCAAGUCACUGAUAAAGAUGCUGUGAAACAAAGACUGACUGUUAUAGUGGAGGACAACGGGCAGCCCUCUCGUUCAGCUACAGUCAUUGUUAACGUGGCGGUGGCGGACAGCUUCCCUGAAGUGCUGUCGGAGUUCAUUGACUAUACACAUGACAAGGAGUACAAUGACAACCUGACUUUUUACUUAGUGCUGGCUUUGGCUGUAGUUUCCUCCCUCUUCAUCACGUGUUUAGUGGUUAUUAUAUCGGUGAAAAUCUACAGAUGGAGACAGUCUCGCAUCCUGUAUCACUCCAACCUCCCUGUGAUUCCAUAUUAUCCACCACGUUACUCAGACACUUUGGGGACAGGGACUCUCCCACAUGUGUACAACUACGAGGUGUGCAGGACGACUGACUCCAGAAAGAGUGACGUCAAGUAUGCUCAACCGAUGAGUCAAAGUUUGGUUAGUGUGGAUGAUGCUGGAGUUGAAACUCCGCUGAAUGGAGAGCAGUCAUCAACAAUGUCUCGCAUGUCUACUCUGCAAAAGCCCCCCAACAAUGACUGGCGCUUCACACAGGGACAGAGACCUGGACCAAGCGGUCCCCACAUGCCGUACGGUACACACAUAAGAUGGACGCCGAAGAGUGGGACAAGGGCAACUGGAGGACCUGAGGUUGCCAUGGGAACUGGCCCUUGGCCACAGCCCCCAACUGAGGCUGAGCAGCUCCAAGCCCUGAUGGCUGCAGCAAACGAAGUGAGCGAGGCUACAGCCACCCUGGGACCCGGCACCAUGGGCCUGAGUACCCGCUACAGCCCCCAGUUCACCCUGCAGCACGUGCCCGACUAUCGCCAGAAUGUCUACAUCCCCGGCAGCACGGCCACACUCACCUCCAACCCCCAGCAGCAGCAGGCCACGGCUCAGCAAGCCACCCAGCAGGCACUGCCCCCGCCCCAGACCUCAGCUCAGCCUGAGCCUCCCAAGGCCGCCCAGACCCCUGCCUCCAAGAAGAAGUCCACCAAGAAGGAGAAGAAGUAGAGUUGGACGGAGAGAGGUGAAGGAAUGAUAAACCCGGCCUGAUCUGAUAAGAAAUUCAACCCCCCAUAUCCUUCCCAUAAGGUAUCUUACUGCACCGCUGUCACUCAUGCUAGCCACGGUCUAAAUAAUGACAGCAAAUCACUUUUGACCACAUGGACGAUGUUGAUGGUUCUUUGAAAGAGUGUCUUGAAGAGUCUGAAUGUGCUGAAGGCUGUUAUUCGUGUUGAUAACCUGUGUUGUGCUAAGGGUCGAGUAUUGCUCACAUAAUCUUUGUCAGUGGAUAAUUUUGGCAGGGUAUGGGGGGUUAUAGUGAUUUUUAUGUUUGUUUGUUUUCUUUUGGCAAAAUCAAAUGAACUUGGACAAAGAGAUUCAGUGUAAGAAACCUUGCUGGGAUGACAAGGCUAUACGCAGUGAUGUAUUCAGAGAUGAAUUGUUAGUGUCUUUCAUGUUGGAUUUAUUGUGCUCUUUCUCUGAUGAGGAAAGUCAGCUAUUGUAAAGUACGCUAGUUGCCAUCCAUUAGAUUCCUAUAUAGGGUCAGCCUUGCAGGGUCUUAAAGCAUAAGUCCUGUGGAUAUAAGGCUGUUGUUUGACAGGUAUUACAAACUCUUCUGCAUGCUCUUUAAGGUUCAAACCACAUAUACUAGUUUAGAGUUGCAAACUAUGCAUUGCAAAAGCAAAAAGGAGGACAUCCUGAAUCUGUUAUCCUCCCUCCAAUCGCAGGUCAAUAUAAUGCACAUGUAGCAUUUACUUGACACAAAAUGAAAAUUACUUUUGUAAUCAUAGUUUAAAAAAAAAAAAAGGAUUUUAAUCCCUGAUAUUUUUAUGACCUGAGCAUGCACCCAGAGGACCGGCUGGCAGAGGGUGGCGUGGCAUUGUGUCAUAAAGUCACAAGCCAUGCUGUCCAUGCAGGUGGUAUAGCAGCAGGGUCUGGCUUCUUGUAAAACACCUCCAGAUGGGCAAAACAUGUCAUGCUGCCCUGCACCCUCUACCCUCCCCUCUUCACACUCGGCUAGUGUCCUCCCCUCACUCACUACCCCCAUGAUGAGAGCCAAACAAGGAGAAAUGCACUGUUUAUAUUCUGAUGAGAUGAUGUAGGGAUAGUAAUCACUUCUGUCUUUAGGGAAACACGUAGAUGUGGUAAACUUAAGUGCUUAGGAGUUUUCUAGACACUUUACAAGCCGCUAGAGUAUUUCCCCUCACUAUCUAUGAAGUGCUGAAGAAACUUCUUGAUGUGACACAGUAACAUGUUUUUUCUUAGGGAGAUAAUGAUUCAAUAGCAUAGAGGAGCUGUUUGCAUAAGAUAUGAAGUCUUUACGUUGCCAUCCAUCUGUCUGUCAGGCCUCUUGGCCAGAUACAACUGCAUGAGAAAAGGCAGUUUGCAGGCUGGGUCAGGGGGAGUGGAGGGCAUGUGGUGAGGGGUUCACAGACUGAGGUGGCACCGUUACAACAACCAGGGGGGUGGAAAACCACCAUGGCUCUACCCACUGAAUGUACAGAGGAACCACUGUUGACCUGCCCACCCCUUAAACUUUCUGUAAUGCACUGACCCAGGUAGAGGUCAACAGAGCCAAGCACAGCUAUCCCUGUUGGUGAGGAGAUACCACUCUAGAGUCCAUUUAAAUAUUCCUCCUCCAUUGAAAUCAAUGGAAAAUCUUAGCCUCUCUACCACUCACCUCUCCCCUCCAUUCCCCAGUCCUGUAAGGCUCUUCUCCCACUGUAAAUAAACACAAGUCCUGUCGAUGGUAUGAGCCAGUUGUUUGUAUAGUAGGGACCACAUCCAACAUUUUCAAAAUAAAAGUCCCUCUCCACAAGACGUGGCUUACUACUGGAAUGUGUUGCAUUUUGUUUUUCAAGAAAAAUAAGAAAACCACAGUUUUAAAAAAAAAUGUCAAUAAUGAAUAAAAAUCUGAGAUGUUCAACAGUUUGUGUUGCAAUGUAGUAACUAAGCACCAUGGAAGCCAACUAACUCUUCAGUGUAAAUAAAUGAAUUAAAGAUGACUUUAGAUAAGUAAACAAAGUGACACACGUAGACUAGUUAACUUGUGAUAUGUGUUGCGCAUAUUUUUGUGUUCAUUUUCUCUCUUUUAUCACCCUGUAAAAAAAAGAAAAGCAAAACAAAAAAAUAUGGAAAUGUUUCUAUCCUUCUGUAACCUCUCAAUGUUCUUUUGCGGUGAUUUUAUCUUGUGCAUUUGUGAAAGAAUGCCUCUCAUUCUCUUUCUGUCCAUAUGAACAAAUGAUUAUAAAUAUUAUAUAUGUGUAAGUCCGUCCGCUGCUGAAUUAAUACUACUCUAUCCUGCUGUAUUAUCUUUCUUAUCAAAUGCUUAGCCCCCACGCUAUACCCCUGUGUUACUCUUAUUUUUAUGCUAAUAUUUAUAUUGCUGUUUUAUUUUCUCUUGAACACUGACAUUUCAAAUAAAAAGAUUCUGAAAUCAUUUAAAAA